AUGUUGUUCAAAUCGGUCACUGUUAUGCUUCUUGCAUCCUCUCUUGCUGCUGCUGAGCUUGAGAAGAAACAGUACGGCUACGACGACAGCUACUACAGCAGUUUGGAAGCUGAGUUGAACAGCCUGGCUACAAACACCGACUACGACGACUACAUGGACUACCUCACCGAAUAUAGCGACAUUUACACUGAUAUGCCCACGGAUUACACUCCAUAUAUGCCUGAUGUCACCGACGCACCAGAAAACACCGAUGCCUUCAAUGAUGCUACAGUCACUCCCCCACCCAGUAUGCCAACCGCUACUUACGACGUGGUUCCUCCCUCCAUCGAGUCCGUCCUCGCGACCGCCAUUCCAUCCUCGUAUCUGUCUGAGAUGGCUGAUCCAUCAGCGGCCUCAUCUCUGAUCAGCUCCAUUCAAAAUGGUGACAUGCCAUCUUGGUAUAAGGAUCUCCCCACUAGCGUCAAGUCGUGGCUUGCCGAGCACUAUGCGACCGGUGCUAUGCCCACUGCCACCGGAUCGACUUCUAAUGACCAUGAGGGCGGUCGCAAUUCAGCUCCACCUUCUGGUAUAGUUGCGACUGGGUUGAUGGGUGCAGCUGGUAUUCUUGCCGUUGCAGUGCUGCUGUAA